AUGGCCUUGCGACCUGCUAUCCCUUACACUGCCCCCGAGAGUGUUCUCCCAGCACCGCUACCAAGCACGGAAGAAAUCCUGAAAGCUGAAUUGAUUUCCAAGAGGCGUGCCGCUGUUGCCCUUGUUGGUGAGUUCUUUAUCGUCAAAUAUGGACCGCGCGUGCAGCUCCAAGAGGGCGAGAACAUGCUCCUCGUCCAACAAUGUACCAAUGUGCCCGUGCCAACCGUCUAUACGCUCUAUCACGACGAGGAAACCAACUGGAACUUCAUCGUUAUGGAGGACAUUCCAGGCAGGUCGCUAUCCUCGGCCUGGAAAGAUAUGAAUGCUUCCCAGAAGACAGCUGCGGCGUUGCAGUUACGGCGGAACAUGGACGAACUCCGUAGAAUGCCCUCCCCAGGCUACUAUGGGGGCAUAUGGAGGCAGAAGUCUUGGGAUUUCACAUUCAUGGCUUCGCUUUUAGGACUCCCAAUCGAAGACGAGGCGAUUAUAGGCCCACAGGAGACGGAAGAGCAGUGGGCGGAUGCCAUGUGGGGAUGCCUCGAUGUCCGCAUGAAAACCCCGGCGCGGGAAAAGCUCCCAGUAUUCCGAAAGCUCUACCAAGCCCUAUUCAAGGGCCAUGCAUCAGUAUCUACCCACGCCGACUUCCGACCGGGGAAUAUGAUUCUCCGCAACGAUGAUAAAGGCGUCGUCAUCAUUGACUGGGAGUGUGCAGGCUGGUACCCAACCUUUUGGGAAUAUUGCCGCGCCAUGACAUGGCUAAACUACUCGAGUGAUUGGUGGGAGUAUAUUCCAUCCAUCCUUGAUCAAUACGUCGGCGAACUGGGCUGGAUGAUGUGGCAUGAUUAUUCGUCAGCUAUGUGA